AGAACAUGAAAAGGAAGAACUUUAAAGCCUUUACCCUAGAACAACCUUUAUUGACUGCUUCUCUUUUAGUUCAUUGUUGACUUUGGAUUGUAUAAUUAAUGUAUAGUGAAUAAAUUUGGACGGAAGGUGGAUGAGAAAGGGUUUCAGUAAUCACAUAGUUAUCAGUGGUGAGGUUUUGAGAUCCAUUGAAGUUGAUAAUGUGGGAAAGAAUAUUAGUAGUUCUGCUGAUUGUUUUGAAUUAUGUGUUGGUUGCAAAAGGAGAAACAAAUGAUGUGGAUUUUAGCACACUAAAGUCUCUUACGAGUACCUGGAAGAACACCCCUCCAGAGUGGGAGGGUUCAGAUCCUUGUGAUGAUUGGGAAGGAAUCAAGUGCAAGAAUACACGUGUUACAUCAAUAACACUAGCAAGUACUGGUUUGGGUGGUCAGCUUUCUGGAGAUAUUGGAUCACUGUCUGAAUUGGAGAUUUUGGAUCUAUCUUACAACAAGGACAUGACUGGACCACUUCCACAAUCCAUCGGGGAUUUGAGGAAGCUGACAACCUUAAUUCUCGUUAGCUGCAGCUUCAGUGGUCCUAUUCCAGACAGCAUAGGAAAUAUGCAGGAGCUCCUGUUUUUGUCUUUAAAUUCCAAUGGCUUUAGUGGAGUGAUUCCGAAUUCUAUAGGUAAUCUAUCAAAGCUUUAUUGGUUAGAUUUAGCAGACAAUCAACUUGAAGGGAGCAUCCCGGUAUCUGGUGAUGACCCAUUUGGUCUUGAUAAGUUACACCAUGCCAAACAUUUUCAUCUUGGGAAGAAUAAUCUCUCAGGCACCAUCCCUCCUGGACUUUUUAGCCCGGAAAUGGCUCUCAUUCAUUUGCUUUUGGAAAGCAAUAAACUCGAAGGCAAAAUUCCAGCUACACUUGGACUAGUUCAGAGUCUGGAGGUGGUGCGCUUAGAUAGUAACUCAUUGGAUGGACCUGUGCCUUCAAACAUCAACAAUCUUACAAAUGUUCGAGAUCUGUACUUGUCCAACAAUAAACUUUCAGGCUCCCUGCCAGACCUUACUGGAAUGAAUGCCCUCAACUACCUGGACAUGAGCAACAAUAGUUUUAAACCAUUGGAUUUUCCAGAAUGGUUUUCUACUCUCAAGUCCUUAGUAACAUUAGAGAUGGAGCGAACACAACUUCAAGGACAGGUUCCCUCUUCUUUGUUUGAACUUGUCAAUUUACAGACUGUGGUGCUAAAAGACAACAAGAUAAAUGGAACCUUGGAUGUUGGCUCCUCCAACAGCAGCCGGCUGCGACUUAUUGAUUUGGAGACAAAUUCAAUCGACAACAUUAAGCAAAAUGAAGUUUCAGGUGUCAGGAUAAUACUCAAAGAUAACCCAGUUUGCCAAGAAACUAAUGAACGAGGGACAUAUUGCUCCUCUUCUCAAUCCAAUUUCUCGUAUUCAACACAACCAAAUAACUGUGAACCUGAUGCCUGCAGUUCCGAACAGACUUCGAGUCCCAACUGUAAAUGCGCAUAUCCAUAUACAGGAACCUUAGCUUUCAGGUCACCUUCCUUUUCGGACUUGGAUAACAUAACACACUACUCAAUGCUUGAGGAUUCUCUUAUGCGGUCUUUUAAGUCACAUUUUGUACCUGUGGAUUCGGUCUUGUUGAGCCAUCCAAGUAUUGAUUCAACUGGGUAUCUCAAAUUGAGCUUACAAGUCUUCCCAUCAGGACUAGAUUAUUUCAAUCGAACUGGGACUUCAACAAUUGGUUUUAUGCUAAGCAACCAGACUUUUAAGCCUCCACAGCCGGAUUUUGGACCAUUUUUUUUUCUUGCAGAUGGAUAUGAACACUUUGGGAACCAUGAAGGAUUGAGUGAAUCGGGUAAACAUUCAAACAUUGGAAUCAUAAUUGGGGCUGCAGUUGGUGGUUUGGUCUUGCUAGUGUUAUUACUCUUAGCUGGUCUUUAUGCUUUCCGCCAGAAGAAAAGGGCCGAAAAAGCGAUUGGACAAAGCAAUCCUUUUAAACGCUGGGAUACGGUUGAUAGCAAGAGUGAUGUCCCUCAGUUGAAAGAAGCAAGAAUGUUUUCUUUUGAAGACCUUAAAAAGUACACCAAAAGUUUUUCUCAAGUCAAUGACAUUGGAUCUGGGGGUUUUGGGAAGGUUUAUAAGGGAACCCUUCCCGAUGGAAACGUGGUAGCAAUAAAAAGAGCUCAAAAAGAAUCUAUGCAGGGAAAGCUCGAGUUUAAAGCGGAGAUUGAACUUCUAUCAAGGGUUCACCACAAGAAUCUUGUCAGCCUUUUGGGCUUCUGCUUUGACCAAGGAGAGCAAAUGCUGGUUUAUGAGUAUCUUAAAAAUGGUAGUUUAAAGGACGCUCUAUCAGGGAAGUCAGGGAUUAAGCUAGAUUGGAUUAGAAGGCUAAAAAUAGCCCUUGGUACUGCCCGUGGUCUUGCUUAUCUUCACGAACUUGUUAAUCCUCCCAUCAUACAUAGGGACAUAAAAUCAAACAAUAUUUUGCUGGAUAACCGCCUAAAUGCCAAAGUUUCUGAUUUUGGUCUCUCCAAGUCUAUGGUAGAUGCAGAAAAGGAUCAUGUUACCACCCAAGUUAAAGGAACACUGGGUUACCUGGAUCCAGAGUAUUAUAUGUCUCAACAAUUGACUGAGAAGAGUGACGUGUAUAGCUUUGGAGUGCUAAUGCUGGAGCUGAUAUCUGCAAGAAAGCCAUUGGAACGAGGGAAGUAUAUAGUGAAAGAGAUUAGGAAUGCUGUGGAUAAGACAAAAGGCUUAUACGGUCUUCAUGAAUUUAUUGAUCCAGCCAUGGGAGUGUCGUCCACAACACUGAUAGGUUUUGACAAGUUUGUGAAUUUGACCCUGAAAUGUGUUGAAGAGUCAGGUGAAGAAAGGCCUAAAAUGAGUGAUGUGGUAAGAGAAAUUGAGAACAUAUUGAAGUCAGCUGGUGCAAACCCUACUGAGGAAUCACCCUCCAUCUCUUCUAGCUAUGAAGAAGUAAGCAGAGGAAGUUCCAGCCAUCCUUAUAACAGCAACGACACCUUUGAUAAUGUAAGUGCAGGGUCUCCAUACACAAAAGUUGACCCUAAUUAAGUGGUGUUCAACAUUUUAAGUACCUCAAGUCCAAGCCAAACUUGUUUAUAUAUUAGUUUGCUAGAUGUUGCUUCUUUUGUGAGGAAUCUUCAUCUUGAGCUGCAUUAUUUUACUGGCUAUAUUUCUUCUCCAAUGGCGAUGUGGCAGAAGUGCAAAGAAGUGAACCAAUGGUUAUGCAAUUUACAGAGAUUGUUGAUAGAGAGGUGAAGCAGGGAAGAAAUAUAAUUCUGUGUUUAUAGUUAUCCUAUGGGAUUUGGCUCAUUGUGAAGCACUGGUGUGGGGUGUGGACGUUUUGCACAAAAUGAUCCAAGUAAAGAUAAAAACUAGUGAAUUAUAUUUUAUUAGUGUGGUUUAAUGUUUUUGUUGUUGUUUUAUGACACUUCAAUAAUGCUAUUGAAUGUGCAGAAGUUUUUAUA